UCAACAUCUGGUAGCACUAAAUUUAUCAAUUUUUUUUACCAUCGAAAUAGCAAUUUAACACCUUGCAAGCGGUGGCGAACCUAUAACAACAAGCUAACGAGCGAUUAAAACGGAUUAAGGCCAGCCCACUGCAUCGGAUUAAGCCCGUAGAUACAUCAAACACAUCUAAUUCCAGCCUUAAUUAUCUACCUGCACGUGUGUGUGUGUCUGAUUGUGCGGAUGUGGGUACGUCUGCGCCUGUGUGUGUGCGUUGUUUUCUCACACAAUUUCGCUGCAAUUUAAAAAAAUCAACAAAAGCGCAGUAACAGCAGCAACAACAAUUAGGAAACGCAUUUAUUUCCGAGGUUGUUUGCAUAUACUAGAAAAGCAAACAAUAAACAAUCGCGUUGGAGAAACUGGAAAUUGCACAGGGAGUCUGAUAAACAAAUCGAAAGAGAACCCUCGAUAGGACCGAAAUUCUGGAGAAGGACGGGCCACGUCGCUAUCGCUUAUCUACGGCUGCACCGAGAGAAAAAACGCAGUAGGCCAGUCGUGUUCGAUCGUCGCCCCCGAAAUUUCCGGACCAACUUUUUAGUUCCCCCUUUGGGCGCUCGGGAUUUAGUAGACAAAAAUUAAAGAAACCAAAAAAAUAUGUCCUCGUCGUCGGCGUCCGGCGGUCGGAAGCAGCCCACUGCCGUGUCGCGCAUGAAGCAGGACUAUAUGCGCCUCAAGCGGGACCCCUUGCCCUACAUCACCGCCGAGCCGCUGCCCAACAACAUCCUCGAGUGGCACUACUGCGUCAAGGGGCCGGAGGACUCGCCCUACUACGGCGGCUACUACCACGGCACCCUGCUCUUCCCGCGCGAGUUCCCCUUUAAGCCGCCCUCCAUCUACAUGCUGACGCCGAACGGACGCUUCAAGACCAACACCAGGCUGUGCUUGAGCAUAUCAGACUUUCAUCCGGACACAUGGAACCCCACUUGGUGUGUGGGCACUAUUCUCACUGGACUUCUGAGCUUCAUGCUGGAGAGCACACCCACACUGGGAUCCAUCGAGUCGUCGAACUAUGAUAAGCAAAUGUUUGCUCAAAAAUCGCUAGCAUUUAACCUGCGCAACACCAACUUCUGUGAGCUGUUUCCCGAGGUGGUCGAUGAGAUCAAGCUGCGAUUGCAGGGCACCCAGGCGGCGGCUGCAGCGGGCGGAAGUGCAUCGACUUCGAGCGGUGCGAAGCGCUCCAACGGGCUGGCCAAUGGAGCGGUCUCGGGAUCGGCGGACGGCAAUCUGGCGGCGGGAGGGUUGGGCAAUCCUCAAAAUGCGGCGGAUGCCAUCGAUGGGGCGGCGGGGGGUCAGGCGGAUUUGACCAGUGGCGGCGGAGCGUCGGCACUGCAGAACAGUGCACGGAAUUCCUAUCUAAACUGGCAGUCCGUUUAUUCAAACCUGGUGAUCAUCAUCUGCUUUGCGAUAUUUGCCCUCAUUGUUAAUUACGUGAUCAAGAACCUGAAUCAGGAAUAGAAGUAACGACACAGCCUCUAUAUUUAUAUACAAAUAUAGUUACACAUCCGUAUGCGUGUGCAUAUUUAAUCUAGUUUACUCUAAAGUAGUCUUCGUGGAUUCAGUAUCGCUUGGGAAGUAUUUAUAGACCCCGCUUAAUCCAAAAAUAACCCCGCCAUCCAUUCCCACUAUCCCACGAUCGCUGUUUAGUCUGAAAUAAUUGGCAAUAACAAGAAACACAGAAUCACACAUUUCUAAACUCAUUUGUGAAAUUUAUAAAUUGUUUUGUUAUGUAUUCAUUACUUUUAAAGUCUAGUUUAAUGCAACAUGAAUGAAGCCAGGAAUAAGUUUGUAAAUGAAUAAAAAAGAACGGCAACAUACGAGCUCGUGUACAAAUUAGCCAACUUA